AUGCCUGGAACAGCGUCGCCUUCGGCACACCCCAAAAAAUGGCUCAUUGCCUACAACUCGAUCUCCGCCUCGUUGUGGUCGAUUGUGUUUUUCAACACCGUGUUUUUGGGUGCUUUGUUGGGCCAACCCCAUCUUUUCGACAAGUCCAGCUUAAUUCUCACGAUUAUCCAGUGUUGCGCGGUGGUCGAGAUCGUGAACUCCGUGACGGGGGUAGUCAAGUCCCCCGUUUUCACCACGGUUUCGCAGGUGUUCUCGCGUCUUUUGAUUGUGCUUGGUAUCGUCCAGCUCCUUCCUGAUUCGCCUGCCAACUACCACUGGGCGUACGUGACAUUGACUCUCUCGUGGUCCAUCACCGAGGUGGUGAGAUACUCGUACUAUGCAGCCAAUUUGAAAGAUGCCGGCUCGGUGCCAUACUGGCUCACGUGGUUGAGAUACUCGUUGUUCUAUGUGUUGUACCCCACCGGCGUGGCCUCCGAGAUGACCAUGAUUUAUAAGAGUCUCGGGCAAGCAAAGGCGGUUGUCGGGCCUUGGUACUCUUGGCUUCUCGUGGCCAUUCUCUUCACCUAUCCUCCUGGCUUGUACAACUUGUACACGUACAUGAUCAAGCAAAGGAAGAAGGUUCUCGGCUCGGAGAAGGUCUCUUCUCACAAGAAGAGCCAGUAA